AUGGGAAAAUGCCUGCAGAUUAUUUUUGUCGCUCUGAACUUGCUCAUUGGAAUUGGAGGCCUCGGUCUUCUAGGGCUGAGCCUUUGGCUGCUCCUCGACUCUGAGAGCUUUUACAAGCUUGUGGACGUUUCCCGGGAGACAUUUAGCAAGAACAGUACUGAACCCAUUCCUGAGGAAUUCACAAACAUGAUGACCGUCUUUGAAGGAGCCAUUUACUUGGCCAUUGCUGUUGGCUCUUUCACUGCUCUUUUGUCUCUUCUAGGAGCGUUUGGAGGCUGCUGCAAGAACAAGUUUAUGCUGACGAUUUAUAUGAUUUUGGUUAUUUUGUUAAUUAUUGCUGAACUUGCUCUUGUGAUUCUCGCUUUCGUCAAGUAUCCGAUAAUCGACGACUUCGUGGGGGAUCGCUUCAACAUGUACACGAACGAUACCAGUGAUCCUCAAGAUCCCGCCUUGAUCUUCAACAACGAUUUCGUUGACACGAUGAGAACUACUCUUGAUUGCUGCGAGUGGAAUAGCCCGGCCAACUCUACAGUUGUCGAUGCUCCUGCUACCUGCUGUAAUCCUACUUCAGACACUUGUGCAAUCAACGAUGUCUCUUACAGAGACGACCUUUGCGAGGAUCAAUUGAAGAAAGCUGGACUCAUUCUUGGUGGAGUCGGUGCUGGUGCCCUGGUCCUUGAAAUCUUUGGAAUUGUUGCAGCUGUCGCUCUACGCAAGAAAACUGAUCGAUAUGCUUAA